CGGCUUCUCAUUGAACGAAUCGUUGUGUGGUGGAUCUCCGUGCCCACAUUCCUCGGCUUGGUUGUUUCUUGGGAAUUCACAAUCUCUCGGUCGCCAUGAGUUAUCAACAAGCUCAAGAAAUGUAUCACGACAACUCUUCGGCGCGUUCCCCUGGUUCCCAGCGUCAUCAGCAACCUCUGCACCGCCAGCCGUCGCGCCAAUUUGACGCCUACGGUCCCAUGCCAGUGAAUCUGUACGAAGACUCGAUGGCUCGCUAUGAUUCUGGUCGGCUGGAGCGCCUGAACUCCUCGUUGCAUAAUAACUCAUAUGCCUACGACUUGGCUGGCUCUCAGACAUGGAACCCCAAUGGUUUCGCUAACGCCCAGGCAUUGGGAGGCAUCCGAUCCGCCUCGGCCAGUCUGAAGACCACCUCGCGCACUGGCCGAGCUGGAUUGCCCACUACGUGGCUUGAUCAGCAGCCCGGCAUCCCCAGUGGCUUUUCCAACCUUGGCCCUGGUCCUCUCCAGGGCAACGCGAUGCGCCAGGAACCGACCGGCCCUUCUGAGGCAGAUGAUGAAUUGAUCCCGACGGCCAUAGUCAUUAAGAAUAUCCCAUUUGCCGUCAAAAAGGAGCAAUUGGUCCAGCUCAUGACUGAGCUCAACCUGCCACUUCCCUAUGCGUUCAACUAUCAUUUCGACAAUGGUGUCUUUCGAGGACUGGCUUUCGCCAAUUUCACCUCCGCAGAAGAAACUGCGACCGUCAUCGAGGUUCUGAACCAUUUCGAAUUGCAGGGCCGGAAACUCCGGGUCGAGUACAAGAAAAUGCUUCCUCUGCAGGAGCGCGAGCGCAUUGAGCGUGAGAAGCGCGAGCGCCGUGGUCAGUUGGAAGAGCAGCACCGCCCGAUGGCGACUUCGCAGCUGCAAACCCAAAGCUCUAUGUCUUCGCUUACCUCACACCUUCCCGCAACCUCUCCGUCACCCGUGUCGCAGCGGGGUCAGAAGUUAGACGUCGAUUUGAAUGACAGCACAACGCUGUCAUACUAUUCGCAACUACUUCUCUUCAAGGAGGACACUGCCCGCGAUUCCAUGGUGUUUCCGGCCAACCUUUCGCCUAUUCAGCGCCGUACGGUCCAUACUCUCGCCCAUAAUAUGGGACUUGGACACGCAUCCCGUGGGUCAGGGGAACAACGGCAGGUUCAAGUCUUCAAGGUCGCACCUGGUACUAAUGUGAGCCCGCCCUUGUCGACUAUUCCUGCUCCGGUCCAGCCCGUCGAGACGGCGCGUCGGGGACUUAACCGCGCGGCCACCAUCGAUUUCAGUGAGUCUCGGGGCGACGGACCCACCCCUUUCAGCACUUUGCGCGGACAGCCAUCCGGCUUUCUCGGCGUUCUGGACUCCCCCGGCAACUUCGGGAACACGCAGAACCUGCGGGCGGCGAAAUCGUUUGCCGACUUGCGCUCGUACACGCCCUCACCCGUGCCCUCUUCUGCGAGCUUUCCUGCCGCAUUGCAGUCGAACGGCGCACGGAUUCAGCACUACGAUGGCACUGCCAGCGGCACGUCCAACACUCCUACCUUGACGUCUGCCCCGUCCGCCUCUUCUCUCGGCAUGCAGCGUGAUGAUAGCCUGUUGGUGAACAGCCUUGGCAGUCUUGCUUUGGGAACUGGGAUUGGAGGGCCGAAUGCGAGCCCGCGGAGAUUGAGGGGUAUGUUUUCUUGGGAGCAGCCGGAAAGUCAACCCUCCAGCGCUGGUCCCAUUGGUAGUAACCGAUCCAUCGGAGUUGGAUUUGACGGACAGUCACAGGAGCGCAUGCCCAUUAGACAGCCGCGAGGCCCGAUGCCCGAAAAAGGUCCAGGAUUCCGACGCCCGACCGGACACCAAACGCGUGGGAGUGACGAGUUGCGCACCAGCUCCGGAGUGGAAAUUAUUGUGGAGUAAAAUCAAUUGAUGGGAGACGAAGACGACGAAACUUGUUAGAUUGCUUUGCCGCAAGAUGCAUACGACUCUUAUAUCACGAGGCCUGAUCCUGUUCUGCGAUUACUGGCUCACGAUUCGAUGAGGGAUGACGAGAUGA